AAGUCUUCACGACACAAUGUAUUGUUUUACGGCCGUGUUUUGGUCAGCCGUAAAGCAAAACGUGUGAUUCGAAGGAAGGUUAAAGUGACUCCUACGAAACACGCACCAUGCCUUUCGUGGACCUGCAGUCGCGGCUCGGCAUCAACUUGGACCGCUGGAUGCUGCUGCAGAGCGGCUCGCAGCCCAACAAGAGAGCGGCUCGCUGCCACGCCUUCGAGAAGGAGUGGAUCGAAUGUGCCCACGGCAUCGGGCAGACCCGCGCCAAGAAGGAAUGCCAGCUGGAGUUCGAGGACUUCUAUGAGUGCAUGCACAGGCAGAAGACGCACCAGAGGCUGUACGAGAUCCGUAAGCAGCGUGACAAGAUGGUGAAGGAGGGGACCUACACGCCGCCCGCCUGCCACUCAGGCAAGACAGACCAGUCACCAUGAGGGAACACAAAGCUGUCCGCACUUCUGCUCUUGUGUAUAGUAAAUCACAUAUAAGUAUUUCCGCUCCUCCUGUACAAGUUUUCAAAUAAAUGUUAUCAUUCACUGA